AUGGCCAAUUUACUAGAAGUAUUAGUAACCUGUGACUCAAACAAUACAUUAUGGACGUCUAGUAUUUGGGAUCCUAACACAGGUACGAAUUUAAUGACUUACAAAGGCGGUGGAACGUCUGAGAAAGGAACUCUAAAUUUCAUCGGCAAAGAUUACAUCGCUUCAGUCGAAAAAACCAAACCGAUACUUCAUGUAUGGCCUUUAAAUUCACACCAAACGGUACAAGGCAUGCGGUUUAUUCUUCCCGGAAAAGCUAGUGCAUUGGCCAUCUCGAACGAUGGUAAUUAUUGCGUUGCUGGUAUUGAAGACAAAAUUUAUCUCUGGCAAAUAGCGUCUGGAAGUCUCUUGACUAUAAUUAACCGCCACUAUCAGAAGGUGAAUUUAUUAAAAUUUACCAGCGACAGUCGAUUUUUUGUAUCUGCAGCUGAGGAUGGAAUGGUGAUGGUGUGGUCAUUGGCAACUGUAGCAGCCAAUGCUGAAGUGGAACUCGUCACUCAAGCUAUAGCUGGUCAACAUGAUCCAGUAUAUAUAUUCUCCGAUCAUUCACUCCCCGUUAUAGAUAUGUGUAUAAGCAAAUUAGGAUUACACGGUAGAUUAUUCACGGUUUCAAGUGAUAGGACUUGCAAAAUCUAUGACCUAACAUCUGGUGAGAUGCUAUUAAAUCUUGUUUUCGACGAACCGUUAUCAUCAAUCACAUUGGAUGUUUUAGAACUUAACAUAUUCGUCGGAACGACUGAAGGGAAGAUCUUUGAAAUCGGUUUACAAAAACCACAAACCAACAGAGACGUUUUGGUCAACGGGAAUGAUACUAGUCAAAUAUUCUCUGGUCAUAAUAAAGCUGUUACAUGCCUAUCUGUUUCGUUGAAUGGUGAAAUUUUAAUGUCUGGCGGUAACGAUGAACAAGUAAUACUGUGGCAUAUAAGAAGCAAACAACCAGUUAGGACAAUAAAACAUAAAGGAUCGAUAACAAAUGCAUUCUUCACACAAAAUUUUCCAGCUAUAUAUAAUCAAGAUUUUUCUCCGAAAAUAGUCCUUCAUAGUCUUGAGAGGAGUUUAGAAAAUAACAGCGACGAAAUCAAUGAAGUGGAAGUGCUGAUGAAUGAAAAUACAAACUUCUGGCCGCAGUACAUUGAAAGUAAUGCUGACGUUGAGCCCAAAGAUUUGGAACUAGAAGUACGACAAAAUGAAGAAUUCUUAAAGAAGGAAAUGGACAAAAUUAAACUAAUUAAUGCCAACUUGUAUACUUUGUCAGUCCAAAAAGUUCUUGAUACUGUAAUUGUGCAAAAUAAUAAAACACCUAAAAAGAAAAAGAAAAAUAAAGAUCAAUAA